CAGGAGUCUUGACUCGGAUGAGAUCUUCUCGGAGAGCCCCGAGAACUGGGAAGCCAUUUUCUACUCUACUAUGUCGUCUGGCGAUAUCGAACCAUCCGAAUCUGUUUCUCGACCAGGAGUGGGCCGUACAUAACCUUGCACGGGUGAAGAUGAACGAAUAAUAGCACCGGGCCUAGCACCGAAUGCCUGUCGCGCGUCAUCAAUUAGCACUCAAGGGCCAAUGACACCACCCAUGAGUGUACCUGAAAACAUCAGACUAAACAAUACCCAGGAUGCUGAAAAUUUUGGCUCUGCCUUUACCUGCACUGUUGCUCUGAUGUCGACAGGCAGGAGACUCCAGUUCUCUACGCGAAACUAUCCCCUAAAUGGAACUUCUUCACUCCGUUCUUCUGCUCCUCGGAUGUAUGAUGACAUGUUUGACAAAAUUCAUGGACCUUUGAUGAUUGUCAUCGAUUAUUGGCGCCCCUGGUACCUCCAACAUCUGCAGAUGGCUUUUCCAGAUUUCCCAGCAAGAUCAUUGAGGUCUUUCAUUGAGCGAGAGAAUGCUAGUAUGCUUCCUUUGAUCAAUGAAAAUCAAGAACUUACUUGCAUAACCGAGCAUAUCAGUGUCGACUCAUACAGCCCUAAACCCCAAGGCUAUGGAGAAAUCAUACAGUUAGGUGAUAGGAAGGCUUGUUGUCGCUCAGUGUUCACAUGGGCAACAAAAUUCGCUUGUUCCAAUCCUGAGGACGGGAGGCCGACUGACUAUUUGAGCCAUGCUUAUAUGCCUCGAUCCCGCCGACUACAGCCAUUGAUUGUCCUCGUCAGUGGACCCAACGCUCCUAUUGCCGACAGAUUAAAACGAUAUUACUUUGACUCGGACCCUCAACAUGAAAGGUGGGACAGAUUAGCGGGCGACUUGGAUUGGAUAUAUCUCGACACAUAUUUCUUAUUCACAAAGUGGGAGAAAGUCUGGGCGGUUGUGAAAAGGAAUCUAAAAGCGAAAGUCAUAGAAAGGUUUUACCCUUCAUCUUCAGCGCCGAUUUUGCAACAAACUCGCGAGUUACAUGAACACACCGAUACUAUUAUGGGCCUACAUGAGCAUUUAAGAAUACACGAGGCAUCAUUGGCACGAUUUGCGCUACAGUUAGGACCGACUCAACUAUUUACGCCUAGAGUGAGACUAAAACUUCUGGCCCGAGUCAGCCAUAUCCAACAUCUGCUGAGCUAUUAUGACAUGACAGCAUCAAGUCUCUUGGCCCAGCAAUCUAACCUCAUUAAUCUUGGCCUUAGUUUAGAAACUGUGAGCCAAGGCCAGGCUGUUGCCAGACUGAAUGUUUUGGCACUAGUGUUCUUGCCACUAAGUUUUGCUGCGUAAUGCCAGAAGUUUCUGAUUCCGUUGCUGGAGAAGAUAUGCCGGAAAACCUUGGGCACGAUUGGAAUGAGACAGCAUCUACCAAAAUCCAUACGCCUGUUCCAAAUGUACCGUCCUCCUCCCCAUUGCCAGAACCCGCUUCAGCGGCUUCUCUUCCAGCCUUCCGAAGCAUCG